UUGAAAGGCACUUCAGGUGACUACAAUGAUUACGAUGAUGUCACUAUCCCUCCCAACCUUACGGAUUUGCUAGCGAAUUUGCCUGACGACUUAAGUCCAGAAACGCUUCAGAAGAUGUUUAGGGAUUCUGUCGACGAUCGCAAGGCUCUCCUCGAAGGUUUUGAACUGUUGAAGAAACAGCUAAAGGUAAUGAUCAUGCACAACACAUAUUGA